AUGCUCGGCGACAGCUUCGAAGGCGACGCCUUCUCCCGCUCGCCGUCGCCCCCCAAGAGGCCCCAGGCCACCUCGGGCGUGGGCGCUGUCUUGAAGGGAGUGGUGAAGAACAUAAGGCCAUUUGGCGCGUUUAUUCUGACCUCCCAGUACGCAAGAGAAUGUCUUCUCCACAUUUCAAACAUCUCCAGACAGCGUGUUGAAAAUGUGGAAGACGCGCUUAAAAUGGGCCAGGAGGUGUGGGUGAAGGUUUUGAAAGAAGAGCCGGACGGCCGCGUUUCUGUCUCGAUGAAAGAUGUGAAUCAAGAAGACGGGAGCGAAAUAACUUCUUUAUUUGAUUCUUUCAACAACAGAGGAGUUGGCGGAGGAGUCAAAAUCCCGGAGUUGAAUUCCAUUCAUCGGGGAACAGUCAAGAGAAUCCAGGCCUUUGGAGCUUUUGUUGCUCUCGACGGAUUCGACCGAGACGGCCUGCUGCACAUCUCCUGCAUUUCAAAAGACAAAAUAGAUAAAGUGGAUGAUGUGCUUUCUGUGGGCGACAAAGUUUGGGUGAAGGUGAGGGUCGCGCGGGCGCUGGGGUGGAGCCGUUCGAAGUGUCUUCAGGUUUGCAAAGUCGACGAAGACGGAAAGUACGGCCUCGACAUGCGGGACAUCAGCCAGCAAGACGGCACCGAUAAAGACCCCCGAAAUUUGCACAGAGUCCGAAAUGGCCGCGGGGGCCCUUUGCGGCCAGAGGCCAUCGUUUUGGAGGCGGUGGUCAACGCCACCUGCGCCCGCUGCGGCGGGAAGGGCCACAUGGCGCACGAGUGCUACAACACAUCAGGAAAGAAAUAUGAAAUGAUUGAAGAAGAAGCCGGCAGCGCCUUGGCGGCCCUUUGCGCCCACACGGCGGCCCCUCGGGAAGCAGCAGCAAAUUCAGGUCAUGCAGCAGCAGCAGCAGCAGCAGCAGCAGCAACAGGGGCCAACAUGACACCUCUGGGGAAGCAACUGCCGCCUUUGAAUCCUCUUGACCCUUUGUAUCGGAAGGCGGGAAGCAAAGAGCAGCAGCAGCAGCAGCAGCAGCAGCGGCAGCACUCCAAGAAGAAACGGAAGAGACGCAGCAGCAGCAGCAGCAGCAGCAGCGACGAGGAAGCGCGCAAAAAGAAGAAAAAGAAAAAACACAAAGAAAAGAAAAAACACAAGAAGCAUUGA